GCGUGGUACAAAACAUAAAAUAUGCAUUGCUUAAACCCUAGAAAGAGUUUCUGAUUCGAUUUCAAAGGAGAAAGAGAGAGAUUCUCAGAGGAGCAUCGAUGUCGGACAGAGAAGACAACGAUUCCGACGCCCCUGAGGAAUUCACAACAGAACAGGGUUUACGGCAAGACGAAGAGAUUCAAAGGGUUCAAAGAGAAAACAAAUCCAGGGUUGUACGCGAAGCAAAAGAGCGUAGGAGGAAAUGGGCCCAAAACAUAACUCCUAGACCAUCUAAAGCUGGUAAAAAAUCUCAAAUUGUAAUAGACUCUGAACCUCAGCAAAAACCGAAAGCAGCCGAUGGAUUUCUCCCCGAGGACAUCGUCCAAAUGCUUGCAGCACGUGAGAAUCAUGUUUCAUUUUCUGACACUAAGGAGGAGAAAGAUGAAAAAAAGUCUACCACUUCAAGGAAGAGAAAAUCAAGGAAGUCAGGUUUGAAACCUGUUAUUUUGAGCAAAAUAGGUCCUCCUCAAUGCUCAAACAGUGCCCUGGAGUUCUUGAAAGAAAGGAAAAUGUCAGUUCGAAGAUCGUCUUCAGUUUUGAACAAUUCCAAGCGAGCACUCAGUCUUCUUUCUCGUUCAGGGGUUCUUGGCAGGAAAUGACAAUGUUCAUUGAUUUGUCUAAAUUUUUGGCCAGUGAGGUUAUUGUUGCAAUAUUUACUUUUAAGCUAUCAUGAUUAGUGCUGCUGUUGGUCCACCCUACUGAGUUGUAAUCUAUAGAUAUUCUAAUUUGUUUGGAUUAUAAGUGAGAUACAAACGAAAAAUAGGAAAGGCAAAAUGAAAUCGAAGUUGAGUAAAAAAUUAUUUUAUUGUACAAAAA